GCCUUGAGGGUUUCAGAAGAGCAGUUGCGAGUGAAAAAACGUCUGGUUCUUCUCCCUAUCCAGUCAUAUCACUAACGACUGGUUCGACAUAAAUUCUACCAGGUGAUUCUCAUCUACCGAUGAAUCGACGUACACAUAUCAGCAAUUCGGUUUAUCUUUGAAGCCAUAAACAGUUUACUUCGUUCCUCCAUUUCGAUGUUUGACUACCAACUGUUCGACCAUUUGUCUCAGAGAUGCUGUCCUCUCCUUUGAAUUUAUCUGUUACUUAUGCAAACAACAGUCUGGUCCCAAACACCUGUUCUUCACAAUCUUUUUAUCAUUUUGUGACGCCGCUGGAUUACACUUUAUCUCCCAAUUUGGUAUAUGUUAGUUCUUCCAGAGAAGGUCAAUUACGUAGAUUAUUUCACUGCAAUACUCAUUCAAAUAAGGCAUCAAACUUCUUGGAAUCAAGAAAUCAAUUUAAUUCCAGCUACCUUGAAAGGGAAUCUACGGCAAAAGAGACAGAUUCAGAUAACUUUUUUAUCGAACAAAGAUCAGAUAAAGAUAAGAACGAAAUGGAAAGAAGGAUGAAAAUUGGAUUAGCAAACAGGGGAAGGGUUCCAUGGAACAAAGGCAAGAAACACACUGCAGGGACUCGUGAGUUGAUCAGUCAGAGAACUAAAGAAGCUUUAAAAGACCCCAAGGUAAGAAAGAAAAUGUCUGAAUGUCCUCGAACUCUUAGUGAGGAAACUAAGGCAAAAAUACGCAAAACAAUUACAAAACAAUGGAGAGAGCGAUUGAAGAUAAAAAGAUCAGGUGAGAGGUUUAUAUCAUUGUGGGCUGAAAGCAUUGCAAAAGCUGCUAAAAAUGGAGGACAUGAUCAGAAAGAAUUGGAUUGGGACAGCUAUGAGAAGAUUGAAAGAGAGAUUGUUCUUCAACAGCUUCAACGUGCUGCUGACGUGGCAAAAGCAAAGGAAAUGGCACAAAUUCGAGCUGAGAGAAGAGCAAAAGCAAAAGCUGAAAAGGUGAAGCUUACUUUAAAGAAACGGGUGGCCAAAGUAAAAGGGUUGGUGAAGAAGAAAUCAAAAAAAGAAAAAGAGGAGUUGGCAGCAGCUGAAGAUUUGAAACUGAAAGAGAGAUUAACAAAGAUUCACAGGAAAAGAUCUGUAAAUGAGCAGCUUAGUAGUCGAGAUCAAAGAGCUUGGGAAAGACUUGACCUGGAGAUUUUGAAGAGAGACAUAAAGAAAGACGAUAUUUCUCUUGCUGAUCAAAUUCGUGAAGUCAAGAACAAGAAAGCAGAGAUUUUGACAACUAUGCCACCUAAUCAUUCAUCUGCUUAACCUUGUGAGGGGGUAAAAAGUAAAAACACUUGUUGGAUGCAGACUUUUAACUAUAAACAUAAGCCAGGGUAGUUGAUUAUUAGAUCCAAGAGUAUUUGUGGUGGUUACAAAACCUUUAUAUGCAACUUUGAUGAUAGUUCUGGAGGCAAAUGAUGUUAUGUGAUUCGAAGGUGAA